AGGCUGCAUGCUUCAGUAACCAUGGAAGUAGAGAGAACUUCUUCCCAUUUUCAGUUCUCUGCUGAGCUGAUUCUGCUGUUCCUCUUCAUUUGGGGUAAUUUCUGUUCUCCAGAUGUCAACAAGUGCUCAUCACAACCAUGCCAGAACAAUGGGAUUUGCAUUGAUGGUCUGAAUAACUACACUUGUCAUUGUCAACAGGAUCCUGUGAUCUACAUGGGGAAGAAUUGUGAACUACAGUACAAUGCCUGUCAUUUUGACCUAUGUAUGAAUAACAGUACCUGUGAAAGUACACCAGGAAGCCUGCAGUACAACUGCACCUGCUUACCUGGUUUUGAAGGUACUCAAUGCGGCCUAAAUAUAAAUGAAUGCGAGAGCAAUCCUUGCCAAGGACCUCAUGUUGAUUGCAUCGAUAGAGUGAAUGGAUACAGUUGCCUGUGUUCACCAGGGUAUGAAGGGGAAAACUGCACGACAGACAUUAAUGAAUGUCUGGUCAACUCAUGCAAGAACAAUGGAACUUGCUUGGAUGGAAUUGGGAAUUAUACCUGUGAUUGUCAACCCGGUUACACAGGGGUUAACUGCGAAACCGAUAUUGAUGACUGUGCAUCAAAUCCUUGUUUAAAUGGGGCUCUAUGUGUUGAAGGGAAAAAUGAAUAUAAAUGCUUCUGUGUUCCUGGAUACCAAGGGCCUAACUGUGAAAUUGACAUCAAUGAAUGUGCAUCCAGACCAUGCAGAAAUGGGGCUACCUGCAUCCAUGAUGUGGAUCGAUACUUGUGUGUUUGUCUUCUUGGCUACAAAGGUCUGAACUGUGAAGUUGAAAUAAAUGAAUGUGAGUCUAACCCCUGUCAGCACGGUGCUACAUGUAAAGACAACAUUGCGUUCUAUGACUGUAUUUGCGCUUCUGGGUAUGAGGGACUUAACUGCGAGACAGAUAUUGAUGAAUGUGCCAGCAAUCCAUGUAUCAACAGAGGAACAUGCAAGGACAUGGUCAAUGGUUACACGUGUGACUGCACUGACACAGGAUUUGUGGGCAUUAACUGUGAGAUAGACAUCCCGGAGUGUGCAUCGAACCCCUGCAUGAACAAUGCCACUUGUCUGGAAGGAGUGAAGAAUUAUACUUGCCUCUGCUGGGCUGGUUACACUGGGCCACACUGUGAAGUUGAUAUCAAUGAAUGCACAAUGGAGCCUUGCAUGAACAAUGGCACAUGUCUGGAACGCUCCACUGAAGAACAUUAUGGCAAGCUCCCACAAUUCAACUCCACCUUCAGUUACGCCAAUGCUUCUGGUUACCUUUGCCUUUGUCAACUUGGCUUUGCAGGAGAGCACUGCACAUUAAACAUUGAUGAAUGCGAGUCUGGUCCUUGUAUGAAUAGAGGCACUUGUGAAGAUCAAAACAAUGGAUUCCAAUGUCAUUGUACACCUGGAUUUACAGGGCUGAUAUGUCAAAUUGAUAUCAAUGAAUGCGAGAGCAAUCCUUGUGAAAAUGGAGGCACUUGUGAAGAUGUUAUUGCAGACUACACAUGUCAUUGCCCUGCAAUGGAUGAAGAUGGUGUCAAAUGGGGAGGAAAGGACUGUUCAAUUCAACUAGCUGGCUGCACUGAGCACCACUGUCUUAAUGGAGCAACGUGCAUCCCAACCUUGGUGGAUGACGUUCACAGUUACGUCUGCAAAUGUCCUCCUGGUUUUUAUGAUGCUACUUGUUCAAUGCCAACAACUUUCUCCUUAUUCAGUGGCUACGUGAUUGUACAAAUGCCAAAUAUUAAUCAGAGCAGAACAUCAGCACGUGAUGAGCCAUUUAGCAGCAGUUUCCGCUUUAGGACAACAAUACCAAAUGUACUAUUAUUCUAUCGAGGAGAUCUACUCAAUGAAUACAUACAUAUUCAACUUUAUAGUGGCCAGCUCAUGGCCAUAGCGGUGAUAAGUGGUCAGAUAAUUAGCAUUUCAUUCACUCAUCAAGUUAAUGAUGGUGAGUGGCAUCAGUUAAGAGUUGUUCUGGGGGAAAGUUUUGUGGUAAACCUAACACAUCCUAGUUGUCUAAACUACACUUGUUCAAACUCAAAGAUCAUUGAAUCAUCUACCCUUCCUUCGCCGAGUUCAUUUAGGACAGCACACAUUGGUGGCUACCCAGGAAUGUACUUUUCAAUUCAGGAUUAUUUUACUGGUUGCUUGCAGGAUUUGGAAAUUGAUAUCAGGACUAUAUCGCCACAAACAGUUUCAGAAAAUAUGUCACAGAAUUUUACUCUUGGCUGCAAGAAGACAAACUGGUGCCACCAGAACCCAUGUAACAGUAAUGGGAAGUGUGUGGAUCUGUGGACGAACUAUAAGUGCGAUUGUUACCGGCCAUUUGUAGGUCCCACGUGCAUUCACGAAUUCAUCUCCGCAACAUUCAGCAAUGAGAAUUCAAGCAGUUCUGCCUCUUUCAUUGUCACCGACAAUCCAGGCACAAAAUUUGUUAUUUCUUUUUUCAUGCGCACACUAAAGGAAGACGGCUUCCUAUUACAACUCAACCGUGGUAUGGUUCCUUAUCUCACAAUAUACCUGAACAGCAGCAGCAUUUAUAUCAAGACAAAAACCAUGCGGGUCGACUCAUCCAUGAAUCUUGCCGAUGGCAUUAAACGACUGAUAGAAAUUCGUUUUGAUGAAGGUUGGUUAACUGUUAGCCAAUCAGAUGUUAUUCUGCUAGACUAUCUGGUAUCUUCUGUGAAGAUUCAACCUUUCGACAUUGUCCACAUUGGUCAAGAUCCAAUUGAUUCUGCUGCCUGGGGAGGACCUUUCAAGGGUUGCCUGCAGGAUGUAAGGCUCAACACUAACCAACUGGAGUUUUACCCCCUGGCAAUCGGAAAUUACAGCUCAUCACUGGAUGUUUACAAGAAUAAAACACUUGUAAACGUGAUCAAGGAAUGCAUCAGUGAUAAUUCUUGUAUGACUGCUCCUUGCCAAAAUGGAGGCAAUUGUACUGUGAUAUGGAACAAUUUUGAAUGCAAAUGUCCAAAGGCGUACACUGGAAGGACCUGUGAAAAGAGAGUGUGGUGUGAGACUGAUCCGUGCCCUGCAGGAUGUCACUGUCAGAACCUUGCAGGUGGAUACGAAUGUUAUGCUAAUGCAACAUUUCAAGGUGAUAAUCCAAUGGUAUACAUUGGCAACAAGUUAAUCACAAGAGAUCUCAUAAGCAUUUCUAUGGACUUCAAAACAAGAGAUGUGGAUGCUGUUCUGCUGCAGGCCAGCAAUGGUGCCGACUCUAUUUGGUUUGGUAUCCAUAAUUCUCACUUGCAGUUCAAUCUGUAUAGUGGAAACAGCAUAGAAGCCCUCACUCUUUCUGACAAAAUCAACGUUUCAGAUGGACGAUGGCACUCAGUGAUUAUUACUAUGGUGGAGCCUUUGACAAUGUCAUCAAGGUGGAUCAUGAUUGUUAAUGGAAAUUCCAAUUCUACCAGUCCAAUCACUGCUGGGAACUUAAAUUUUCUUCAAAGCAACGUGAAUAUAACACUAAGCAACAAUUUUACUGGUUGUCUUGGUGUGGUUAAAAUUGGUGGAAUAUACCUGCCUUACUUCAAUCAAAAAUUUUUAACAAACAAUGAACAGUUUCUUAUGGUGAGCAGUCCCCCAACUCAAAUUGGAUGCUUUGGCAAAGAAGUAUGUUCCUCAAAUCCGUGCCAGAAUAAUGGAACAUGUGAGGACCUAUUUGACCUUUACCAGUGUAACUGUGAUGCAGGGUGGGAAGGCACAAGAUGUGAAUUCAACAUUGAUGACUGCAGGUCCAGUCCCUGCAUUCAUGGUAAUUGCAGCGAUUUGGUGGACAGUUACCAGUGUAGCUGCGAUCGGGGCUAUACCGGGAUAAACUGUGAGAAUAACAUAGAUGACUGUGUGGACCACAAAUGUAGAAACAACGGAACCUGCGUGGACAGUAUCAACUCAUACGUUUGCAACUGUGCGGACCAGUUUACUGGACAAUACUGCGAAUGGUUCUACCCACCAGUCAAAUGUGGAGAGAGUUUCAGCUGUAACAAUGGAGGGCUUUGCACUGAUGGUUUGUGGGGUGCCAAUUGUACAUGCCAGCCAGGCUUCACUGGAAUAAGGUGUAAAGAGGAAGUCAAUGAAUGUGAUUCAAAUCCCUGCCAGAACGGAGGGACCUGCCAGAACCUGGUCAACAAGUUUGUCUGCAUCUGUGGAGCCAAUUAUGCAGGCAAACAGUGCGAGCUUGAUAGAGGGAAAAAGCCUGACCCUGUCCCGCUACUGGCAAUAGCUGUGCCGGUGGUGUGUGGGAGUGUGCUGCUGAUUGUAAUAGCUCUUAUAUUUGUGGUUCUUACUGCACGUAAAAAGCGCCAGACAGAAGGGACCUACAAUCCAAGCCAACAGGAAGUGGCAGGGGCUCGACUGGAGAUGGAUAGUGUCUUUAAAAAUGAAAAUGUAUUACUCGAGUCCAGAUACGUGCUGUUGGACAAGGACAAUAAACAAUCUAACUCUCUCGCUUCCAUUUUGCUCAACGAUAAUGUUCUACAACAGCAAGGAACUAGCCAGAGAAGUUACACUUCCAUUAUCACUGGUUCUGUGGCUGCAGCUGGAGGAUUUGUCAUCUUCAUCAUUGCCGUCAUAGUCCUGGUGGUCGCUAUGAGAAAGAAGAGGGCAACCCAGGGAACCUAUAGCCCGAGUCAGCAGGAAAAGGAUGGAGCAAGAGUGGAGAUGUGGAACAUAAUGAAGCCUCCACCAACAGAAAGGCUCAUUUGACUCUCAUUAAAAACAGGAGACAAUUACACAGAGGCUUAUUAAUCUGUACGGAACUGAAGGCAUGGGUCUCAGGUGGUAAAGAGUGAUCCAAAAUAGUUCAGUCCAGUUAAAACUAGACUCCAGCAUUAAGUAUGGCUAAGCUGGUAAGACCUAAAUUGAUAAAUGUGCGGAAAUAGAUUAAUCUCAGAGGAAUGCAACUGGUUAAAGUCAAAUUAUCAACUGCAAUGAUGUGAUUUUACACUAAAUAUCACCACGGAAGUUUAAAGAACUUUCUAAAUAACUGUUGGCUCCAAUGACUAUGUGGCACAGCUUGAAUUAUAAUCAAGACUGUCGACUGUUUGCUGCUUCUAAGAUUAACUACUGAAUAGAUCCAUUUUACUUUUUCUGACUGGUUGCUUUCAAGAUAAUUACAAGUGUAUAGAUUUUUAAUCAAAUGCUUUGUUUCCACUCAAUUUACAGCACAGUCUCCACAGUAAUGGGACAUGAAAUGAAACCUAUUUUAAUAUUGUAUUCCUACAUUAUGUAAUGAACUGGUAGGUAGCAGUAAUAAAAUGAUUACAAACACAGAACAGGGAAUGAUCACAUCAAACAACAAGGUGGUAAGUGAAUUCUAGGUUAGGAGAGAUGAGCGCCUGCGCUCAGAUUCAAAUGUAUCCAUUUCAAUUUCGGGGAAGGUAAGGAACCAAUGCACUGGAAACUCUGAAUACUUUGAAUGUGAAACGAGAACACAAGUACUACAUGCAACACUAUAUCUAAUCUUAUACCAUUUCAAAUAGAAUUUACU